AUGUUUGGCUCGGGGUUGUCCGAGAAGAUCAGAAAGUGUCCGUCUGGAGCUGCUUCACGGGAGCCCCGUUCUGCCGGCGUCGCCCCCGUUCAUCCGGUUUGCUAUGGCGGCCCAAGUCACUGUCGCCAGAACCUCGGUUAUCUCAUCCUCUCGGACACUUGGCCCCUGUGGGGCCAGCGUCAGUCGCCGCCGUCUCACUUCGCCUCUCCAGUCAUUCUCAAUGUUGCCCAACUCGCCUGGCCAGUUCACAUGUACGCGAAUCGGUCUGCAGUGUUCACACGUAAAUAUACGCACACACACAGACGAGUGCUCUUGUCACUAUCACGACUGCGGGAGUGGGCGGGUCGCAUGUAG